AUGAACGGCUACAAGUCCCUCCUUGUGUUGGUCACCGUCUUUGUUGUCGCACAUGCCUAUCAAACAGGGUAUUACCCUUUGAAGCGUUUGGUUUCCGAUGGUCCCUGGCAACCCGUCUCAUUGUGCCCUUCUGAAAAAGUUUUUGGGAUUCAAAUCAAGUACAACGUCAAUACGAGCGACGUUCCAACAGGGAUCGCCAUUGUGUGCGAUCGUAGCAGAAGAGCUUCGAACUCUCCAGGAGAACGCCAAUGGAGCAGCUCUCAACGUUGUCCCAAUAAACUAAGAGUGAUUGGAUAUUCCCUUCAAAUUGAGCCGAACAACACUGCCGGAGCUAACAAUAUUGCUGUUUUCUGUGGAGAUGGUUCUGAACCGAGAAGCAAGAGAUUCAAUCUGACAGGAAACGCAGAUCGUGGCUUGUGGACAAGAGCUCAAUUCUGUGAAGCGGGUCACGUGGUGUGUGGAAUUGAGUCUCAAUCAGAUAAGCCAAACAAUGUUAACAUGGUCUGUUGCUCUCCUUGGAAAGUGUCCACCCGUGGCACAACCAACACCAAUAGAAAUAUCAAAGCCCAUGAAACUACCCGAGGAUUCACCCAGCGACCCACCGCAGCUGGAUGGACAAUUAGAGCCAAUGGCAUUACUCGCGGACAAACGAGAGUCCCUGGAACUACUCGAGAACCCACCCAUCGACCAACCACAGCUGGAUGGACAAACGGAGCCAAUGGUACUACUCGUGAUACUUCUCGAGGAUUCACCCAGAGACCAACCACAGCUGGAUGGAGAAACGGAGCCAAUGGUACUACUCGUGAUACUUCUCGAGGAUUCACCCAGAGACCAACCACAGCUGGAUGGAGAAACGGAGCCAAUGGUACUACUAUUGAUACUUCUCGAGAAUUCACCCAGAGACCAACCACAGCUGGAUGGACAAACGGAGCCAAUGGUACUACUAUUGAUACUUCUCGAGGAUUCACCCAGAGACCAACCACAGCUGGAUGGACGAACGGAGCCAAUGGUACUACUAUUGAUACUUCUCGAGGACCCACCCAUCGACCAACCACAGCUGGAUGGACAAACGGAGCCAAUGGUACUACUAUUGAUACUUCUCGAGAAUUCACCCAGAGACCAACCACAGCUGGAUGGACAAACGGAGCCAAUGGUACUACUAUUGAUACUUCUCGAGGACCCACCCAUCGACCAACCACAGCUGGAUGGAGAAACGGAGCCAAUGGUACUACUCGUGAUACUUCUCGAGGAUUCACCCAGAGACCAACCACAGCUGGAUGGAGAAACGGAGCCAAUGGUACUACUAUUGAUACUUCUCGAGAAUUCACCCAGAGACCAACCACAGCUGGAUGGACAAACGGAGCCAAUGGUACUACUAUUGAUACUUCUCGAGGAUUCACCCAGAGACCAACCACAGCUGGAUGGACGAACGGAGCCAAUGGUACUACUAGUGGUACUUCUCGAGGAUUCACCCAGAGACCAACCAUAGCUGGAUGGACGAACGGAGCCAAUGGUACUACUAUUGAUACUUCUCGAGGAUUCACCCAGAGACCAACCACAGCUGGAUGGACGAACGGAGCCAAUGGUACUACUAGUGGUACUUCUCGAGGAUUCACCCAGAGACCAACCAUAGCUGGAUGGACGAACGGAGCCAAUGGCAUUACUCGCGGACAAACGAGAGUCCCUGGAACUACUCGAGGACCCACCCAUCGACCAACCACAGCUGGAUGGACAAACGGAGCCAAUGGUACUACUCGUGAUACUUCUCGAGGAUUCACCCAGAGACCAACCACAGCUGGAUGGACGAACGGAGCCAAUGGUACUACUAGUGGUACUUCUCGAGGAUUCACCCAGAGACCAACCAUAGCUGGAUGGACGAACGGAGCCAAUGGUACUACUAUUGAUACUUCUCGAGGAUUCACCCAGAGACCAACCACAGCUGGAUGGACGAACGGAGCCAAUGGUACUACUAGUGGUACUUCUCGAGGAUUCACCCAGAGACCAACCAUAGCUGGAUGGACGAACGGAGCCAAUGGUACUACUAGUGGUACUUCUCGAGGAUUCACCCAGAGACCAACCACAGCUGGAUGGACAAACGGAGCCAAUGGUACUACUAGUGGUACUUCUCGAGGAUUCACCCAGAGACCAACCACAGCUGGAUGGACGAACGGAGCCAAUGGUACUACUAGUGGUACUUCUCGAGGAUUCACCCAGAGACCAACCAUAGCUGGAUGGACGAACGGAGCCAAUGGCAUUACUCGCGGACAAACGAGAGUCCCUGGAACUACUCGAGGACCCACCCAUCGACCAACCACAGCUGGAUGGACAAACGGAGCCAAUGGUACUACUCGUGAUACUUCUCGAGGAUUCACCCAGAGACCAACCACAGCUGGAUGGACGAACGGAGCCAAUGGUACUACUAGUGGUACUUCUCGAGGAUUCACCCAGAGACCAACCAUAGCUGGAUGGACGAACGGAGCCAAUGGUACUACUAGUGGUACUUCUCGAGGAUUCACCCAGCGACCAACCGCAGCUGGAUGGACAAUUAGAGCCAAUGGCAUUACUCGUGGACAAACGAGAGUCCCUGGAACUACUCGAGGACCCACCCAUCGACCAACCACAGCUGGAUGGACAAACGGAGCCAAUGGUACUACUCGUGAUACUUCUCGAGGAUUCACCCGGAGACCAACCACAGCUGGAUGGACGAACGGAGCCAAUGGUACUACUAGUGGUACUUCUCGAGGAUUCACCCAGCGACCAACCGCAGCUGGAUGGACGAACGGAGCCAAUGGUACUACUAGUGGUACUUCUCGAGGAUUCGCCCAGCGACCAACCGCAGCUGGAUGGACGAACGGAGCCAAUGGUACUACUAGUGGUACUUCUCGAGGAUUCGCCCACGACCAACCGCAGCUGGAUGGACGAACGGAGCCAAUGGUACUACUAGUGGUACUUCUCGAGGAUUCACCCAGCGACCAACCGCAGCUGGAUGGACGAACGGAGCCAAUGGUACUACUAGUGGUACUUCUCGAGGAUUCACCCAGCGACCAACCGCAGCUGGAUGGACAAUUAGAGCCAAUGGCAUUACUCGUGGACAAACGAGAGUCCCUGGAACUACUCGAGGACCCACCCAUCGACCAACCACAGCUGGAUGGACAAACGGAGCCAAUGGUACUACUCGUGAUACUUCUCGAGGAUUCACCCAGAGACCAACCACAGCUGGAUGGACAAGUGAGCCUCAAAAAAUACGUUGUAGUUAUCAUUGGAGUUGUUCUUCUCAUCAUUCUGAUGGUUCUCGCCUAUCUGUUCAUCAGUGGACAUAAAGGAUUCGAUGAGCAGCGUUUCUUCAACGUCCAAAGGGUCCAAAACAUCCGAAGCAUCCAAAACAUCCAAAGCAUCGAAGAAGUGAAUGCAGCAGUAGAGAUGUUAUGCCACCAUUGAUCAAAUCAGUCUUCAAAUGAAGAUUAUAUUAUUGUUUGUUUGCUUUUUGUGUCUUUUAAAUAACUUGUGGUUAUUUUG